AUGGAGGAGGUGUUCGUGAAAUCAGUAGAGAAUGGCUUAAAGCUUUCGAGAAGGAUUUACUUCGGGAAGGAUCGGGAUGUUUUACCUCCGAAACUUGAAGUGAUGGAGAUAAACCUACAUUCAUAUCUCCCAACAGCUCCGAUGGUUUACGCUGUCAUUUAUGAUCCUUCAAUUGUUGAUACUCCUGAUAUUCGGAGCUACCAACCUCAUGUCUACGGUUGCUGCGAUCCCCCGGCGUUGAUUCCACUUCAGAUGAAUGGCAUUGCUAUUGAGGUGGAAUGUUAUCUGGACACUGCGAUUAUUACUGUUAGUGGUUCCUGGCGUGUUCAUUGUGUCAUAGGAAGCAGUAGCUGCGAUUGCUGCCUUGCCAUCCCUAUGAGCGAGAAGAUUGACGGAUGGUCCAAUCUGUCCAUCAAAGUGAGCUGGUCUCAGAAAAUAUUCUAUAGUAAUGAUCAGUUCUCCCUUGAUAUACCAUUUAGCUUUCCAGAAUAUGUCACUCCAUUUGUAAAAAGAAUUUCCAAAAUAGAAAAGAUACAGUUGAAUGUGAACUAUGACAUGGGGACUGAAAUUUUAUGCAAGACAACUAGCCAUCCUCUGAAGGAAAUAAGACGCCAAGCGGGAAAUUUGGGAUUCUUAUAUGAAGCAGAUGUUCUUACAUGGUCAAAAACUGACUUUAAUAUUUCGUAUAUGGUAAAACUGCACUUGACUGUUAUUGAUAUUCUUCUGAAUGUUGUUCUCUGUGGAUCUAAUGUCAUCUCGAAUGAAAUAUCUAGUGGUUUGCUCUUGCAAUCUCCUUCUGUACAUGACUUUGAUCAAAGAGAGAUAUUCUGCUUCUAUCUUUUUCCUGGAAAUCACCAGCAUAGAAAGAUUCCCUUCUCUUCUGAUGCAUCUUCUUUCUUCUGUAUGUUAAUAUCUUUAUUCAAGAAAUCUUGUUCACGCUUGUUGGGCAGAAUUAUUGCUGUUUACUGA